GAUAGCAGUCUAUCUGAUCCUGAGUUCCCUUUACCACGGGGGAAGAAAGUGUUCAGCAACUUGCCCGAUGUACUUCAUGACUUCAUUUCAGCCAAGUGUGGGGACCAGACAGGAUUUGUUGGUGACCGGCAGACCAGUACUGGAGCCCUCUGAUUCCAUCUCGGUGUGUUUGAUUUAGCAAUGGAGUCUUUCUCUGCUGACACCAAUUCAACUGACCCACACGCACCGCCUCCAUUUAAUGCCCAACAAAUCCUCUCCAUGGUCAUUCUCUGCCUCACUUGUCUCCUGGGGCUGCCAGGCAACGGGCUGGUGCUUUGGGUGGCUGGCCUAAAGAUGAAGCGAACCGUCAACACGGUUUGGUUUCUCCAUCUCACGCUGGCCGAUUUCAUCUGCUGCCUUUCCCUGCCCUUCUCCCUGGCUAACCUGAUUCUCCGAGGCUACUGGCCCUAUGGCUUGUUCCUAUGCAAACUUAUCCCAUCCAUCAUCAUCCUCAACAUGUUUGCCAGUGUCUUCCUGCUUACGGCUAUUAGCCUGGACCGCUGUCUGAUGGUACACAAGCCAAUCUGGUGCCAGAAUCAUCGGAAUGUGAGAACAGCCUUCACCGUCUGUGGAUGUGUUUGGGCUGUGGCCUUUGUGAUGUGUGUACCAGUAUUUAUAUACCGUGAUCUACUCACUACAGACAAUCACAGUAUGUGUAUCUAUAAUUUUGAUUCCCACAAGAAUUUUGAUUAUUGGGACUACAUGUAUAAUAUAGAUCUACCAGAAAGCAAUACCACUGACAACGCCACUGCUCAGCUAAUAGGACAAAUGGAUGACAGAUCAGAGCCUUCCUCUUUCCAAAAAAGUGAUGACCGUCAGACAGCUGUCACGGCCCUCCAGUUGCAAAUAUUCCAAAACUCUUCUGAAGAUCCAUUCCCUCUAGAUUCAGCAAGACUGUCUAGUGAACAAGGUCACAACAGUGUAAAACAGCCCCGUGUGCUCACACCCGCCAUCCCCAGUGGGCUUCCUGUGGAAGAUCACAGAACCAACACACACGCUGAUGCUUUUCUCUCUGCUCAUACAGGGCUUUCCACUACUGCUUCUAGCAGUGACGUACACCACCCUGACCAGUCACAUGAUUUCCAGGAUGAUUAUUCUACUCAGUUCAGACACAGCAAUCACAAGCCAACACCUCUGGUGGCAAUGAACAUCACAAGGCUGGCGGUGGGCUUUCUGGUGCCCCUUUUCAUCAUGGUGACUUGUUACAGCCUCGUUGUCUUCCGAAUGCAAAAAUCCAACUUCAAGUCUCGGAGCAAAACCUUGCGGGUGGCCCUCGUGGUGGUGACUGUCUUUUUUGUCUGCUGGACUCCAUACCAUAUUGUUGGAGUCCUAUUGCUGAUUGCUGACCCAGAAACUCAUUUGAUGGAAGCCGCAUUAUCCUGGGACCACAUUUCCAUCGCUUUAGCAUAUGCCAAUAGUUGCUUCAACCCUUUCCUUUAUGCCCUUUUGGGGAAGGACUUCAGGAAGAAAGCAAAACAGUCCAUAAAGGGUGUUCUGGAGGCGGCCUUUAGUGAGGAGCUCACGCACUCCACCAGCUGUACCCAGGACAAAGCCUCGUCAAGAAGAAACAAUUUGAGUACAGAUGUGUGAUGUGGAGUGGGGGACUUAAGCAGAUGUUCCCAGGUGAAUACUGAUAAAGGAUGGCAUGGUGAGCAAGACACUUACAGUUUGGUGGCUCUCAGAGGGCUCUGAUUAUUGACAUCAGUAUCAUUUGGAAACAUUAAAGAUGCAAAUUUUCAAGCCCCAUCCCAGACUUGUUGACUCAGAACCACUGGCCCAUGGGGACCAGUGUUUUAACAGGCCCUCUUGCUUCUGAUUAAUGUUAAGUUUUACAAUCAUUUGGCUUGGUCUGCUCCUAUCCCUAAGUUGUGUGAGACAAAUAACUUAAUCAUCCGUUUUCAGUAUUAAUCUCUUUUUUUUAGCUGCUUUUAUUGUCCUGAGUGAAAGAUACUCCCUUAUUGUAUAGCUUUAUAGUGCUGAUGUUGGUGGUGGUUUUCGUGGGGGGAAAAUAAGAUACAAAAAAGAAAAAGCCUACAAAAGCAAAGAGUGAUGAGUUAGAGACUGGGACAGCAGAGAAAAGCACACGUGUCUGCGACUUGGAGCAUCCUCGGAUAAUUCCAGGUGCCUAUGAGUACCCUAAAGGAGCACAGGUAUGCGUGAACACUUUCCUGUCGUGCAGUGUUUUGGAAGCUGUGGUUUGGAGUGCUCUCUUCCCUGUGCAUCCCACUUGUUCAUAGAACCAUCUAUCUAUCUCUCUUUUCGUUUCUUUUCUUGUUUUGUUUUUCAAGACAGGGUUUCUCUGUGUGGCCCUGGCUGUCCUGGAACUAUGUAGACCAGGCUGGCCUCGAAUUCAGAGACCCCCCUGCUUCUGCUUCCCUGAGUGCCGAGAUUAAAGGCCAUGUCCCAUUGCUUAAGUUCUUGAAGUCCCUUUUUCUUUUCCACACUGGGUCUUGCUAUCUCCUGCUGGGGAUGGGGGUACACAGCACCCUGCCUGGCCCCCUUCUUAGUCUUCCACAUUAGACUUCGUGCCUCACGUAGAAUAAAACAGAUGCUUUUCUCCUCCUUCCAAACCGAGUCUUAACGGAAGGAGGAAUGCACGAAAGGUGGAACUGGCAUUCUUCAACUCACUCCCAGGUCCCUGCACUCUGACGGCAGCACUUCAGAAAGGUUUGAAACACGACUCUAGGUACCUCGCAUGCCAAAAGUGCCAGGCACACUCUCUGUGGAAUUUUUUUUCAACUCAGUAUUUCCCUGGACCAUGGUAUUAUAAAUAUAUGCUCCCAAUUUUAAAGGAACUGUUGAAUGAUGGAAUGCAGGAGGCCUCUUUCUCCAAUGCCCAGUAAUUCCUGCCUCUCCCUCUUAUCUCAAGAGAGCAUCUUGUCGAGAAUUGUAGCUAUUUAUCCUGACAUUUACCGUGAUGUGCCCAAGUCAUGCGCUUACACUGCAGAUUUUUGUAGAUAGGAUAAAAAUGGUUUCCAUAUUUUCAUCCAACAUCCCAGUGUUGAUUAGUGAGUAUUAUACUUUAGUUUGUUCGUGACCAUCCAUUUUUCUUUUACUUUUUAUUGUUAGGUUUUGUUGCCUUUUGAGCCAAGGUCCCUCUGUGAAGCCCAGGCUAGCCCCAGACUCACAGGUCUCUUGUUACACCCCCCCCCAGCUGACUACACAAUUUUCUUUUCAAUACAUUUCAAUAGCACCGCUUUUCCUGUCCUUUCCGUUUUUAUAUUAACACACAUUAACCUUCCACAGACGAGUCAUGUGACUGAGCCAUAUGUGCACACAGCACUCACGCUUCCAGCCCAGCUUCAUCGUUAUUCCACUUUCUAGUUGAUUUGGUUUUCUUAGACAAGGUCUCAAGAAUCCCAGAUGGUCUCAAAAUUGCUUUGCAACCAAAGAGAAUUUUGAGCUUCCAAUCUUCCUGCCUCUACCUUCACCUCCACAUGCAGGAUUAAAGACCACUAUAUCGUCUUAUAUGGCGCUGGGAAUCAAAACCAGCGUUUCAUGCAUCCUACCGAGGUGUUCCCCCAGCCAGCUCAGGCUGACAUUUUUGGCUCUCCUGUAUGAGACUAUGUGGUACUUCUGUGUUCACUUCAUCAUCUUCCCAUAAUGUCCUCCAGUUCCAUCCUUUGUGCUAAAAAUAACAGGAUUUCUCUUAUCUUUAUGGUAGAAUAACACACUGUGUGUAUUUAACACAUUGUACCAUCCACUCAACUGGUAACAGACACCAGGUUCUACAUCUUACCUAUUAUACAUAGCACUACACUAAACCUUUAAAUUAACUUUAAAAAAUUAGCCACUCCCACCAUCUUCUAUUCUUUUUUUUUUUUUAAUGUGCAUUGGUGUUUUGCCUACAUGAGGGUGUUAGGUACCCUGGAACUGGAGUUACAGUUGUAAGCUGCUGUGUAGGGACUGGGAAUGAGCCUGGGUCUUCUGGAAGAGCAGCCAGUGCUCUUAACUGCUGAGCCAUCUCUCCAGCCCCUGGUAUUUCUAUUCUUAUGUGUAUAUUUCACAUGUUAAAUCACUGAACCUCAAGCUUGUUUGCACAAAUUGGCUGAGCUAUCCAGAUGCGUUCACCUAGAGGCAGGAAACUAAACCUAUGUUAGUCUUGUAAAAACGUUUGUUUGGUUGUUGAGGGAAGAGUCUUAGGCUACAACUGUUUUAUAAACUACUGCACAGAAACAUUUCAAAUUACUAAAAAUCUUUCAUUGUUGCGAGGUAAUUUAGGGCAGAAAAUAGCACUUUUACCUUUCCAAUGUAAGCUUAUAUACCCCAUAUGAAUAAACACUUUUAUCCGCAA